AUGGCAUCAUGCCCCAACUUGAAGGAGGUUUAUUUGGACUUUCAUUUGACAAGCAGUUAUAUAUCUACAUUGACGGAUUUGGCUGACGUGCCUGCGCUGAAGAGCGUAGGCUUCGGCCGACCGAGCGGUUUGUUCCUCGUAAGAGCGGCGGAGUGGUUACCGAGGGUGCCUCAUAUCACUGGCUUACAUGUACUGGACGCGACUGAAGUCAAUCCUGAAAGAUUCCGACAGGUACUCCCCGGCCUGCAUAAUAUCACGUCCCUCACGCUUGGGCCGGACCAUUCCCUGUCUCCCCUCACCCUCCUUGACACUUUAUGGUCUCUCCCGCAAGUAGAGCAGCUUUCGGUAUCCUACUAUAACAUUCCUGCAGAGCUUGACGUGUUACUUCUGGAACGACUGUCCUUGUCUCCAAGCGGGUUGAGGAACCUCCACACUUUCAUGGUGCAUCACGCGGAUGUAACAUCCGCACCAGACUACACCGCUCUGUUCUCUUGGAUUCGCUCUCUCGUCGACAGCUCCCCUCUGCGAUCGCUUGAGCUCGUGCCCAUGGACGCGAGCGUCUGUGACAACCCCGCGGAGCUCCUCUACAUUAUCCGGUCGAAGGAGACAAUGAAGCGGGUGGUGGCGGAGCACGUCUUUGUACGUCGAGAAACCGCCGCUGCUUUAAUGAGAGAAUCAGGAAUGAAGGAGGUGAGAUUCGGGGUGUAUCCCGAUGUGGACGCAGGGGAACGGGGUAUUACUGACCACGGGAGACGUGACGAGGGAGAAAGCGCAUCUUACUCUGCUAUCAGCGCAGUGAUCUGA